AGUAUUUGUUGUUGUUUUCGUUGAGCAGAAUAAGUAGACCAGACGACAUCUUUGAAAUUGAUCGCAUUCCUGUACGUUAUGACUGUCUUUUGAGCUAAAAUUGUUCACCCCGAGCAUUUGUUUUGAGAAAGUUGACGACACACUGGACCGUUGGUUUAUAUCUGGAUUUGUCCUGUUUUGAGUGAAACUUGUUUUUGUCUUUUUCAAAGAUGGGCAGUCAGUACCAACGCUCAGUACCACUAGAGGUGAGGAGAGCGGAGGGCGAGAGAGUUCGGGCCAAACAUCCUGACAAGAUACCGGUCAGUAUGACAACUGGCUUAUUUAUCAAUAACAUGUUGUAUUUACUGAGGGGAGAGGAGAAGGUCCCCCCCCCGCUGGGACAAGAAGAAAGAGAAAGUGCCUCAGAUUUAACAGUGGGCCAGUUGUGCUUCCUGAUCCGUCAGCGUGUGUCUUUGAGACCAGAGGAGGCACUAUUCUUCUUCGUCAACAACUCCCUUCCCCCAUCCAGCUCCCCUCUUUCUGCUGUAUAUGAGGAGCACCAUGAGGAGGACCUGUUUCUCUACAUGACCUACAGUAAUGAGAGUGUGUAUGGUGCCUGAGGGACGACAAAAGACUGGAGAAAGAGACAAAGAGAUAAUGAGAGGUGACUAAGUGAGAUUGUCUGAGGAAUAAAGAGUUAAGGCUAUUUGUAAUGUUUCACACCACUAUUAUUUUCUAUUAUAUUAGUUUUGAUAAGUAACUACAGUACAUGGUGGAAGAAAGGCUUUGCAAAAGGCAGAGUUUGCUGGUAGGGUUUCAGCUUUGUCAGUAUUUCGGGGUUGAGCAUAAUGCAUUUUAUUACACUUCACGUUAUGUUGAUUCCUUAUAUGGUGGAAGGAGAAAGAGGAAAGUUGAAAAGAAAGAAAUAACGCAUUGAAAAGGAAGUUAUUGUAAUUAUGUUGAGAGAACUCUCGUUAUCUUUCUCAGUCAUCUGUAUUUAAUGCAAAUAGUAUUUUUUCUUUUGUAAAUUAAUACCAAUUUUUUGUGGAAAAUAAAGAUGAAAAUGCAAAAAUUCA